GUCAAAUGGCGUGAAACGUCAGUUCAGUCAUUACGAAGCAUUUUGCGUCUGGAAUAUUAUUGCUAUUUUUCGUCUGUACAUUCGGGACCGCGAUAGUGGAAAUUAUUGUUUUCUGGUAACGCUGUUCAAACGUUUGCUGAUUUCACCACUUCCAGCAAAGGGCGAGUGUAGUCAACAUAAAUUCGUAACAAAGCAACAACCGCGAUCGAAAUAACGCACUAGCCAGCCUUCCCACAGCAACACCGACAAGAUGGUGCUGGAAAGUACAAUGGUUUGUUUCGACAACAGUGAUUACCAGCGGAACGGUGAUUACUUUCCCACCCGGCUGAACGCCCAGAAGGAUGGCGUGAAUCUGGUCUGCCUGUCGAAGGUACGCUCGAAUCCGGAGAACAACGUCGGUCUGAUGACGCUCUCGAACACAACGGAAGUGCUGGCCACGCUUACGAGCGACGUCGGCCGCAUCCUGUCCAAGCUGCAUCUGGUGAAUCCCAACGGAAACAUCAACCUAAUGACCGGGCUACGCAUCGCACAUCUGGUGCUGAAGCAUCGUCAGGGCAAGAACCACAAGAUGCGCAUUGUGGUGUUCGUGGGCUCACCGGUCGAACACGACGAGGGCGAGCUGGUGAAGCUGGCCAAAAAGCUGAAGAAGGAAAAGGUGAACGUGGACAUUGUUAGUUUCGGCGAUCAUCAAAAGAACAACGACACGUUCACGUCGUUUAUCAAUGUGCUGAACGGAAAGGAUGGUACCGGUUCGCAUUUGGUGUGCGUUCCGCGUGGUUCCGUGUUUUCCGAGGCGCUGAUUUCGUCGCCCAUCAUACAGGGUGAGGAUGGCAGUGGUGGUGCCGGGCUGGGUGGAGCCGGAUUCGAGUUUGGCGUCGAUCCGAACGAAGAUCCGGAGUUGGCCCUUGCGCUGCGUGUUUCGAUGGAGGAACAGCGAUUGCGCCAGGAAGAGGAACAGCGCCGGGCUACGGCCAACAGUGCAGCGGAUGGGUCGGCCGCUACCGGUGGUGAUAAGGAAGCAACCGGUACGGCAGCAGGCACGGCCGGCGCUUCGUCCAGUGCUCCACGUGCCGCCGGUUCGGAACCGCACGCAGAGGAAGCAAUGCUGGAGCGUGCGCUGGCACUGUCGACGGGCGAAAUUAUGCCGACGGACGAUUCGAUGCCGGACUUUGCCAACAUGACUGAAGAGGAGCAGAUCGCUUUCGCCAUGCAGAUGUCGAUGCAGGACGCACAGGAACCAAUCUCGCAGCCGGCCAAGCGGCAGAAGCAAGAGAAGGACACGCCGAUGGAGGUAGAUGUGGAGGAUGUCGAGAUUGUGGGCGUUUCGCCCGAAUACUUGAUGAGCGUGCUCGAGAACCUGCCGGGCGUCGAUCCCCAGUCGGAAGCGGUACGUAAUGCGGUCGGUUCGCUGAACAAGGAUAGCAGCAGCAGCAGCAGCGGCAGCAAGAAGUCACAGUCGGACAGUAAGGAUGGUAAGGAGGAUGAGAGCAAAAAGUAGACCGUUCAAUCGCGACGCCUAUUUUUGUUUUCCAUUCUUCUCGUCCGUCGUUUGUUCCGUUCCGGUGUUCUCCCGGGAAGUGCAAGAGGAUGUGCCCCACGGGGUUACUAAAUUACUCGAUAAGAUUGAAUCACGCGUGCGGAGUGAGCUCACACGCUCCCUUACUAUUCAAGUUCGCUUUGUAAAAUCAUGUUUGCCGUCAUAGUAGCCGACGAUGCGCUGAUGUCCUAGCAUAUGUACUGAAAUGAAAACAGGAUGCACCUUACGAAAAAAAAA